AUGUCAAGUCACAGAGAACCGCGGAAGAUCCCAGGAAGGCCUAAUAAUUUUCGUAAUCGAAAGCGUCGGUCUGAUGAUGUUCCGAGAGCCAUCGAGGGAUCGAAACGUCGACGGAUGAAUGGAGAGGGUGGACAAACUGACACCGGUCAUGACUCGAAGCCUAUUGGAUUCAAGGCGCUGGAGAGCAUUUGUAGAGAAGAACUCCCAGAAAAGGCCGUAGUAGAAUUAACUAGAAAAGCCGGACAGUUCGAAGCACUCUUAUCCAUGGACGAUAUAAGACCGGAUUUGUUAAAGCUUGUUAUUACUUCUUUUCGUAUGCUGUGUUCAUCAAACAUCAUCAUGACCGCAAACGCAGAGAAGAUACUUCGUUCUACUAAAGCAAAGAGGUUUCUCACUGGAACAGCUCUUUCGAGUUUUAUCAACCAGAUGGCCUAUCUAGGUGACAGUUCUGGGGUUGACACUGUUAUAAUGGAUCUUAUAUCCAUUUUUCUGACGAUGAUUCAGAAAUUGCGUGAAAGCAUUGUGCACAGUCUUCCUAUUCCACAGCUCAGCGUCUCCUUGGCCUUAUUAAAGGAAAAGAAUCUCAUCGAAAACGCCGACGAUCUUGAAAAGGAGCUUCAUCAUGUAACCGAGCUAAAGGAUGACGUGAUUCGCCUGGCAAUGUCUGCGCAUGAUCAGGAAUCCCAGUUAAAACCUCCACAAAAUUUUAGGAAACUAAGCGUUAUUCCUUCUGCGGCAGACCUACUUUACUCCAGGCCUUUCCUUCGUAAGAACAUUACGGAUAGAAGGUUCAACGACCUUGAUCAUUACCUUGAUGUCCAGUUUCGGUUGCUAAGGGAGGAUUUUGUAAUGCCCCUUAGAGAUGGCAUUAGGCAGCUCACAAAGGAUAAAGAUUUGUUAGAACCGACCACAAGCAAUACUAGACGAGCAAAUGAUGUCUCCGUAUACCAUGGUGUAAGAGUGCUGUAUCCUGUAUGUAACAGGAAAGGCAGGGUCUUCAAAAUCAAGUUUAACCAGUCUCACUCCAAAGUGAGGCGAAUUAAGUGGGAGAGAUCUAAGCGCCUCAAGUUUGGUUCGCUACUUUGCCUGUCUUCAGAUGAUUUUAACACACUUGUCUUGGCGUCUGUGGAAAACCGUGAUUCCGAAGGGCUUAGUAACGGAGAACUGGAAGUGCGGUUUGAAAACACUGAAGCCGCGGAAGUCAAUCGGUUUAUUCAAAGCAAAGAGACGUUUGUAAUGGUAGAAUCUGAUGCUUACUAUGAAUCCUACAGACACGUACUAGAAGGGCUGAAGGAGAUCAACCCUGGAGAAUUUCCAUUUCAGCGAUACAUUGUGGAAUGCUGUCAGGACGUUGGACCCCCAGCGUAUCAGCUAAAUGGAAAGGAAGGUGAUGAAAAGAAUAAUUCUUUCACCUUUAAAUUUGAUGGUGUUUUGGCAAAGAAGAAAUCUCCAAAAACACUCGUCAUUAAUCACCAAUUGUUACAGGUGGCCAGUGAGCAUGCGCUUGAGACAGAUUCCAGCCAACCGGGAGAGGGGUCGGGAGAAUUGUCAUCAGAAGCAUGUACCGAGUCCUUGAAUAUUCCAGACGAUGUUAAGGACAAGGAAAUGCCUCAUGAAAUCUUCAAUUGGCCUGAUAGAGAAAGUUUGGGCUUUAACGAAUCACAGAUGCGGGCGUUUAAACUGGCACUAACCAAAGAGUUCGCUUUAAUUCAAGGACCACCCGGGACCGGGAAGACCUUUGUUGGAUUGAAAAUAGCUCAAGCACUUCUAGAUAACACGUCACUUUGGCAAGACGAGAAGGGAAGUUCUCCAAUCCUGAUGGUCUCAUAUACGAAUCACGCCUUGGACCAGUUCCUAGAGGGCCUAAUCUCCAAUCAAGGUGAGAUGGGAAAAAUAUCUUCGCUCAAUCAAAUAAUAAUGACCCUAAUAUAUCAAUGACAUGCUAAAAUGUAAAGAAUGCAAAGAAUUGGACUCCUAGGGUUUCAAAAGAGUUUUUAAAAACCACUCUAACCGCUAAAAGAGAGGAAUAACAUGUCAGAGAAUUUCUGAUGCUACGUUUUUAGAUUUUAGAUGACAUUCAGUGCCGAUUUGAAUAAACGGCAACCUCUGCUGAUUCGAUAUGUAAAGAGUAAUUUGCAAAGUCUGGUUAACGCAAAAAUGUCAUUCCUUUAAAAAUCACCCUUAAAGUAUUUUAGGCGUUGUACUUUCAGAUCACUUUCACUGCAUUAUGUGCAGCUGGGCAGAUCACUGUGUUUUAAAGACGAGAAUUUAUGCCUGAAAAAAAUAUUAAUAACUGCACAAAACAAGACACAGAAGACCCAUUUUCUUUACGUGGGAGGCGCGGUGACCCAGUGAUUAAAACGGUUUGGGUUUCCGUAUUAGGAAGUCCGGGUUCAGGCCUUACAGGGGUUAUUGUGUUGUGUUCUUGGGCAGCACACUUUACUCUCACGUUGCCUUGCUCUAUCCAUGUGUGAUGGAUACCGACGAAUUUAAUGCUGAGGGUAACCCGGCGAUGCACUGGUAUUCCGUCCAAGGGAGCGGGUAAGUGUCCUUAGUCGCUUCAAGCUACAGAAACCGAGUUAAGCUCCGAUCUGAUGAGCCACAUGGCGGCUCGAAUCCAGAAUGUACUUUUUCACCUUAACAUUUACUUUAUUCAGCAGUUUUCUAAAAAAGAUUUUCUUCAUUUUGCCAGAUAUCGUUCGUGUUGGUGGGCGGAGCAAAAGUAUCACUUUGAAGCCAUUCAACCUAAAAUCACUUAGACCCAUGGGAGCAUCAACCGUUGCCCAUGCUAGAAGAACGACAAGGAAGGACAUCAGAAUGCAAAAACAAUCCUUUCAGCAGUCGUCUCUGUUGAUGAAGGCCUUAAAGUCAAGUAUCAUCUCCUUAGAUUUCCUUAGAGACCAAGAGUGCAUACAAAGGAGACACUACAGGGAAUUUCGCACCUUAGCUAAAGGACUGUCUAUCAAUGAUCAGCUGUUAGAGUGGCUUGACAUCGCGAGGAAUGGCACAUCGAAUGCAAACGAUGAUAACAGAGAUGAUAUUCUGAUGGAGGUAUCUGUCCCUGGUUACGAUUUUGACAGCGACGAAGAAGACAUCGAGGGACAUACGAUGACCAAACUUCAGAAAAUAACCGUUCUCUCGAUUAAGGACUCGGAUAAUCCAAAUCACAUGAAAAGAAAUUUAAAGAGGAAAGUAAUGAGUGAAGACGAAGAGCGACGUGUUGGCUCCCUUAUAACGCUGUGCAGACACGACCGCUGGAGGUUAUACAGACUGUGGUGUCAAAGGCUAGAAAAAAAGCAACAGGAAAAUUUGCAAAGUUGUCAAGUAGAGUUCGAAGAAGCGCUGUCUCGUGACAAAGAAUUAGACACCAUGAUAGAAUACAAUGUUCUUCAACAGGCACGUGUCAUUGGCAUGACAACCACGUGCGCUGCAAGGUACCGUCACAUUCUGCAGCGGAUUUCCCCGAAAAUCGUUCUGGUUGAAGAAGCUGCUGAAGUGUUGGAGUCUCAUCUUAUAACGUCAUUAUCAAAAGGUUGCCAGCAAUUGAUUUUGAUCGGCGAUCAUCAGCAACUUAGACCCAACCCCACUGUCUAUGAAUUGGCUAAAAGGUACAAUCUGGACGUGUCGUUGUUCGAGAGAAUGGUGAAUGUUGGAAUCCCGUGCGAGAAACUGUGUGUUCAACAUCGCAUGAGGCCUGAAAUUGCUGCUCUGUUAAAGCACAUUUACCCAGACCUUGAGAGUCACGAGUCAGUGAAAGAAUAUGAAGAUAUCAAAGGAAUUAAGAAGAACAUGUUCUUUGUCAACCACAGUCAUUUAGAAAACAGUAAUGAUGAAUCGCACAGUCACUCUAACGAGCACGAAGCUGCAUUCCUGGUUGCCCUGUGUCGCUACUUACUUCAACAAGGCUACAGUGCUGGACAAAUAACAUUAUUGACCACCUACACUGGACAGGUGUUUGCAAUUAAGGACUGCAUCAAACAGCAAAACAGCGAAGAAUUCAAAGGUGUUCGCCUGUCAACCGUUGACAAUUUUCAAGGUGAAGAAAAUGACAUCAUCCUUCUCUCCCUAGUGCGGAGUAACAAGAACGAAAAAGUUGGUUUUAUCAAGAUUGUGAACCGCGCAUGCGUGGCGCUCUCCCGUGCCAAGAAGGGGUUCUACUGCAUUGGAAACUUUGAUCUUUUUUGUAAGCACAGUGAGAUCUGGAGCAAAAUAGUGGCGGAUUUAAAAGCGAGUGACAGCAUCGGAAACGCCUUGCCUCUUGUUUGUGAAACCCACAAAGAUGAAGUGGCAGCUGAAACAGCAAAAGAUUUUAGUGAAAAAGUUCCUGACGGGGGAUGUCAACGGAGAUGUGAGGUACGUCUGAGAUGCGGUCACGCCUGCAAGCUCUUAUGCCAUCCAGGUGACCCUAAACAUGAGAAGUACGUCUGCGGGGAACCUUGUGGAAGAAACAUUGAAGGUUGCACUCAUACGUGUCCAAAUCGUUGUAGUGAGCCUUGUGAAAUGCAAUGUAAGGUGCUUGUGGAGAAAGCGUUGCCUAUUUGUGGUCACAUCACACAAGUAGAAUGCUUUACUGAUCUCAACAGAAUUCCUUGCAAAGAAAGAUGUAGCAACGUUUUGUCUUGCAAUCAUCGCUGCCAAAACUAUUGCCAAGGUCCAUGUACCACGGAAUGUAUGGAGCUUGUGAAGCGAACUGAUUGGCCCUGUGGACAUGAAGUUACUGUUGCCUGUUCAGCCACACCCUAUGACUGCCCAGUUCCAUGUAGGGCUAAUUUGGACUGUGGUCACACAUGCCCAGGAACGUGUGGCGAGUGUCGAAUGGGUCGAAUACAUCAACAAUGCAAAUCAAGGUGCGGUCGUGUGUUGGUCUGUUCACAUGUAUGCAAAAAAGCCUGCGCUGUGCCAUGUCCACCUUGUUUACAAACCUGCGAAAACCGUUGCGUACACAGUAAAUGUACGAAAAAGUGUGGACAUUCAUGUGUACCAUGUCGCGAGCCGUGUUCUUGGGAAUGUCUCCAUCACAAGUGUUUCAAGAGGUGCCAUGAGAUGUGUGAUAGGCCACGAUGUAACCGACCUUGCAAAAAAAUUCUCCCGUGCUAUCAUGUUUGUCGCGCUUUAGAGUGCCAAAAGGAAUGCAUCUGUACAGUGUGCGACAAAAAUGACGGUGUCGAUCCCAUCACGACAAUCUUCUUAGGUGGAGAGGAAGAUGAGGACGCACGAUUUAUGAAGCUGCCAGACUGUGGACACAUCUUUGCAGUGUCUGAUCUUGACAGGUAUGUAAUACCCUACGUAGAGGUUGAUCUUACAUUAGUAGCUGUAGUCAUCGCAGUUCAAGAGAGGAUAAUUCUCUCAUCCAAGUUUGCACUACUUGAACUUUUAUGCCGCGCAUAGUUAUUGAGACGCGCUCUUUUACUUUACGAUCCAGAUGUAUUUUAAGAUUGUUAACGGUGUUGAUGUGAUAGGGAAGACGCAUUAGAGCCACGUUUCUCAAAGCGAAGAUCCAGUACCUUAGAGUUCCUUGUAAAAGUAUACCCAUGAUUACCCAGUCUCUUUUAAACGGGCGUCUCCCUUCUCUGCGGAGGUGCGAGCAGAACAUACAAAUGGUUAAUGCCUACAUUAACUGAAAGCCAUUUCAGACAUUUCAGCUUGUUUUCACAUCUUGUUCAGACAACGUAAUUCUCUAGGUCUUUCUUUGUUCUUGGCAAGACACAUCACUCGCACAGUGUCAAAUCCACCCAAGCUUGCUAAUGUGAACUUAUAUAUUUAAUGGGAAGUUACCCAGUGAUGGACUAGAAUUACGUUAAAGGACGGGAGGGGAUCGAAGUAGCUUUGGUCUGCGAGGUCACUUGGCCUGAGUGAAGACUUAACCUUUACCUCCUUCUUUUCGGUGAUGUAAAGAUGCGGAUGAAUCCUUCAAAAGGCUAUUCAAUAUUCCUUGCUCCCACCCCAAGAAUCCGCUUCAUAGACUGCUUCAGCAUAUGACCAGUCCUAAAUUAAUGCCUACUAUUUUACACGGAGUGCCCUGCUAGGUAGUGGGAACGGGAUGAACCUUACCAACAAAAGCCGAUUUAUUUUGUUUAUCAAAAAAACGCAGUGCCACACGAUAACGUUAGUUGUUAAGGAAUAACGUCAAGUUGGUGUUUAUUUUUUGGGUUUCAGGUAUAUGGACAUGUCAGAGAAUGACUCGGCCGAAAGUCAAGGGAUUCAAUUAAAAACAUGCCCUCGUUGUAGGACUCCUAUCCGCUGUAGCCUGCGAUAUGGUAACGUCAUCAAGCAGCAGCUUCGAGAUAUAGAGAAAGUAAAGACAAAAAUACUCGUCGAAGCCGAUUCUGGACUGUCAAGCAAGAAACGCCGUCUGAAGGGUCGGUUAACAACUUUGUCAGAAAAGUUCAAUGCAGAAAACUACCAGCAUGUCUGGGAAACGCUGAAGGAAAGAGUUUAUGAGAUGAAAAAUAGGCUUCAAUUUCCUCUUCUUGAAAGCAAAAUUAUGCUGAUGGAACGCUUCUGCUUGAUGAUUGAAAAAGCGAGAAAAUAUCUUAAAGUGCUUCCAGAAGAAAUAUGCAGAGCAAAUUUUUUCAACGGUAGGUAAUUUGAAACGUGAUUUUUUGACUACAAAUUUUUAGUGUGUAUCAAUCGCUGCAUUCCCCGAAAGUUAGUAAAACACUUAAGCCGAAGCACAUCUAUUCCACUUUCUAAGAGAUUAAGUUGCACUGAAAUGAACAAGGGUGUCUUGGAUCCUUCCCUCCCAACCCCUUUCCUAAGCAACGGUUCUGUCCCUAGACAAAAGACUGGGGCUCAAUGGGUUACGUUACCGGAGUGGUAGAAGAACAUUAUUAGAGAGGCAGAGAAGCAGUGAGGGAGGCAGCGUGGGCGAUCCCGCAUUGCCAGCGCGUCAGACUAGCAAUACGGGUCAAAUCACCGGUAAACCUGUAAACGUCCUUCCCCUCUGACCAACGUGACUUUUUUGCUAUUGUCCAGAGUUUCUUUACAUUGCUUGUAAGUAAGAAACUGGUUGCCUCCUGCCAGCUGGGAUUUUUAAUCCUAGUAUGGUUUAUUUAUUUGCUUCAAAUUAUUUGAGUGGAUUACCUAAACUAGCCAGAGAAGUCGAGUGCGCUUCCAGAAAAAACAUAGCAUUUAGUUUCCUUUUUUUACCCGUAAGAUUUUAAAUUUAUUGUCUUUCUAAUCAUCUAUUGCGUUAUUCAACAGUGCGCGAAGUUGCAAAUGACCUGGCUUAUCUCCUAAAGCGUUUCAUGGAGGAAACAUCGACGACAAAAGAACUGCAAGACGUUAACACAGAGUUCUCAAGAUUAAGCCUCCAUCUUGAACUGUGUUUACUUAGUCAUGAUGUCACAGUCGAGAAAGUCGAGGUAGAUCAGUCUUUCUGCGACAUGUUAACUACCGUACGUGAAGCACUGUCCAGUGGCAAAUGCAUAAAAGAUGAGAGGCUUUAUGAGAUGAUGAAUAAUCUUGCAGCCAUUAGGUAAGGUAUAAAUAGUGUUAAUUGGUUCGUUAGUUCAUAGGGCACCCACUCUCUUAUUUGUAAACUGCAAAUGGAAAUUAAAUAAGAGAUAAACUCUUACCUGUUUUGUUUUAUUCUUGAAGCUGCUGUGGUGCGAAGUGAAAUGGAAGUUGUUUUACGAUGCGAUAACUAUGUUGACAAUGUUCAAGCCGUUGUUGAUUUCACAGUGCUUUAUGUGGUCACCCGCCGGUUGUUAUAGCCUGCGAACGGCAGACGUUUCUUCUAGCUUGUCGCCGCUAAGGGACGUUUCGCGGGGAGAAAGGUACGUUCCUCCUCGCGAAACGUCCCUCAGCGGCGAUAAGCGAGGAGAAACGUCUGCCGUUCGCAGGCUAAGCGUUUCAUCGUUGGUUGUUAAUUUAUUAACUAUUUGAAUUAACGGUAAUAUUAUGCCGUCUCUUUUCUCUUACUCUCUCUCUCUAAUUGUUAAUAAAUUAAUAACCAACAAUGAAACGCGGGAGGAUAAUAACAACCGGCGCGUGACACCAACAGUGAAAUGAGAGCCAAACUACAUAAAGUAUUGACUCACUCAGUAAGUCCAGUGAUCUCUUAUUUGUAAACUGCAAAUGGAAAUUAAAUAAGAGAUAAACUCUUACCUGUUUUGUUUUAUUCUUGAAGCUGCUGUGGUGCGAAGUGAAAUGGAAGUUGUUUUACGAUGCGAAAACUAUGUUGACUAUGUUCAAGCCGUUGUUGAUUUCACAAUGCUUGAUGUGGUCACGCGCCGGUUGUCAUAGCCUACCAACGGCAGACGUUUCUUCUAGCUUAUCGCCGCUGAGGGACGUUUCGCGAGGAGAAAGGUACGUUCCUCCUCGCGAAACGUCCCUCAGCGGCGAUAAGCGAGGAGAAACGUCUGCCGUUCGCAGGCUAAGUGUUUCAUCGUUGGUUAUUUAUUUAUUAACUAUUUGAAUUAACGGUAAUAUUAUGAGGUCUCUUUUCUCUUACUCUCUCUCUAAUUCACUGCUAAUUGUUAAUAAAUUAAUAACCAACAAUGAAACGCGGGAGGAUAAUAACAACCGGCGCGUGACACCAACAGUGAAAUGAGAGCCAAACUACAUAAAGUAUUGACUCACUCAGUAAGUCCAGUGAGCCAAUUAUUUCUAAUUGGAGGCCAAAGUACAUGAAGUCAGCAAAAACGCAGAAUAACUGAUGUGAGCAUUCUCGACUGAUUUUGCUUUCACUUUUUAUUGGAUUGCUUUUUCGUCUAUCUUCUCAAAGCCUUCAAUUGUUGAUUGUCAUUAAGAAACCAUAUUUUUUAACAGGAGAGCGUACUCGGCUCUUAAUCCUUUGACACAAGAGGAGAAAAAACAGAUCGUGGAAGCCAUGAGUUUGUCGCAAGGGCACUGGUUCAAAUGUCCCAAGGGACACGUCUACGCCAUUGGUGAAUGCGGUGGUGCUAUGGAGAGAAGCAGGUGUAAUGAAUGCGGGUCUGUGAUUGGUGGAGCAAAUCAUAGACUAGAAGAGGGAAAUGACUUGGCACCUGAGAUGGACGGAGCAAGACACGCAGCCUGGUCUGAACAGGCAAACCUACAGAAUUAUAAUUUAAGGGACGAGUUACUGUGA